AUGUCGCAGAGCUUGCUGCAGCGCAGCUCCGUGACCUACGCCGCAUCCAUCUCUGGUCUUGGACCACGCUGGCAGAUGGCUUUAGCUUUCUUUGCAGACAUGGACGGUGAAUCCAUCCAGAAAGACUUAGUAUGCUACAACGCCGCCAUCAACACCUGUGAACGCAGAAGCUGCUGGCAAGUGGCCAUCUCACUCCUAGAAAGAAUACCCAGAGCCGACGCUAUUUCCUUUGGAGCCGUGAUCAGCGCCUGCGCCAACGGUUUGGCAUGGCCAGUUGCUCUUCAUCUGCUUUUCAAGACCAUGGCGGCCGCGAGCGUGGCCACGACUGCUGUGACGGUAGGUGCUGCGAUCAGUGCCUGUGGGAACAGCUUUCAGUGGCAUCUUGCACUGCAAGUGCUUCAGCGAGCGCGAUCUGACAAAGUCAAGCUGGAUGCAGUUGUGUACAACGCAUCUAUCGCCGCCUGUGAAACUGCUUGGCACAUGGCACUCGAAAUUUUUGGCAGGAUGCCAGUUGCCCAACUUCAUCCAUCCAUCGUUACUUACAAUUCCAUCAUCAGUGCAUGCGAGCAGGGCCGCCAAUGGCAGGCUUGCUCGAUGUUGCUGAACGACAUGCGCUUGGCUGGGCUGCAGAGCAAGGAGGCCUUUGGAAGUGCCAUCCUAGCUUGUGCACGUGAGCAGGCUUGGCAGACAGCACUGUCACUUUGUGGCGCUAUGUCGCUACAGUCGGUGCAGAAGGAUGCUGAUGUGUGCUCAUCAGCCAUGGUGGCAUGCGAAGCUGGUGGUCGUUUCCGGGUGGCUGCAGAGCUGCUGUCUGACGCUGCUUUUCUAACCCAGUCGGAGCUUCAGUGGCGGUAA